AACACCCCGAGCGCGAGGCGCAAGGCAUGCAGUCAGCUCAGCCUACGAUCAAAUGUUGGCUCCAGUAACCAGCUCACUAAGUAACACCAACUCUGCCAGCCUGUUGCCUGUUGCCUGCUGCCUGCUGCCUGCUGCCUGCUGCCCGCUGCUAUUCUCCACUAGGUUCUUGCCAAAGUUUGUUGUCGAUAUCUAGCAAGAACAAACCUUCAUAACCGAUGACAGACGCCCUUCUACUACUUAACGUCAUCCAUGGAUACUGAGCCUUCCUUUGGUGAUUCUUCGACUCGCUUGCGGCUUGCAAUUCCAACACUAUCCGAUGAAGUAGAACGACAAACAGCCGAACUUUGCUCGCAAUGCCAGUCUCUCAACGUAGAACACUUUCUCCCAAACCGAUCUUCCGACAAGUCAUUCGCAAGACUACAUCUUCAGAAGAACACACCUUGUCCAUGCUGUUUCUUCUUCGUCUCAACACUCGAGAAGCAUUGUAAUCGCUCAAGUUCUACAACAGGUGGCUGCAAUAUCUAUCCAGUCACGUUGAUACGAAAACGUGUAUGCGGAAGAUCUUUCCAUGCAGCUUUCAUUAUUUGUUCAGCAACUCUUGACAUCGUGUUUGAUGUAUUCUUAACCCACAACAAUCAGGCGCCACAAGUCGAGAAUUAUGAUGUUCGCCUUUCGCGUCAAAGUUACGUUGAUUUUGACAUACUCAAAACCUGGAUCGAUGACUGCCAAAAUCACCACCUUCAACACUGUACACGUAAAGACUACGAGCGACUGGACCACCCUCCAGGCUUUAGGGUCAUCGAUUGCUACACCAAGGAGAUCAUCGAAGUUUCUACGAGAUGUACUUACGUGGCUCUAAGCUAUGUUUGGGGGGCUCCGACAGAAAACGAAAGCAGUUCAUGUCCAGAACCAGGUUGCAGCCGAUACGACACGCUUCCCUUACGUCUUCCCAGAACCGUCCAAGAUGCAGUCGAGGUAGUGGUACGACUUGGGUAUCGCUACCUCUGGAUUGACAAGUACUGCAUUGAUCAAAGCGACAAAUCUACAUUGCACGAGCAAUUAUCGUCGAUGGACCAAAUUUAUAAGUUGGCUGUCGUCACUAUAAUCGUUGCCGCUGGGGACAACGCUUCCCAUGGUCUUCCUGGAAUUAGUAUCGCCUUCCAGGAUCCUCGGCUUGUACUAUCUUCAACAUCCUGGUAUUUGACACCUUCACGGCAAGAUCCUCGAAAAUCAUUCCAACACUCGACAUGGUCUUCCAGGGCGUGGACCUACCAGGAAGGAUUGUUCUCUCAGAGACGGCUGGUUUUCACUGAACAACAAGUCUUUUUCGAAUGCGACACAGCUAAUUUUCAGGAACCGAUAGUCCAAGACGAUGAUGCUGUAGAUCAGCAAUGCGAUUAUAAUAGUUAUCGACCUUGUUCCGAGACGAUGAUGUUGUUCAACGGGGCAUUCAGAUCCUACCACCAGAGUUUCGCGAGCCACCUUCAAGAGUAUACUAAACGAAAGCUCUCAUAUCAAGAAGAUGCUUUGAACGCAGUGAGUGGCGUAUUUCGAGCUUUCACUCUACUGCCCACCCCGAUUGCCCAGUACUGGGGAAUUCCGCUUUCUUAUAGAGCUUUCUUACCAAACGGUCAUUGGUCUCCACAUGAUAAUCUACCAACAAAUCCAAUGGUAGCCUUCUGUUUUGGCUUACUCUGGCGAUCCUGUGGCCCCUCGCAUGCAAAACGAAGGGACGGGUUUCCGAGUUGGUCAUGGUCAGGAUGGAACGCAUCAGUAGAUUGGUCGGGCUGUACCAUCCUCUCACCGAGACGGAGACGGAGGGCCGAUAUAGCAGUGCGUGAUAAAGAUGGCGUAGAGGUAUCGGAACAAUCACUCAUCGACGCUGUCAAGAGCCUUGGCUCUGCACCCGUUCUGCGUAUCACGGCCAAGGUCUUGGAGCUUAGAUUCGUCUACCUACAGGAGGAUGUGAGUAUCGACUGCCAUCAUGUUUCUAUGGAACCACGAGGUUCAGUCUUCUGCGCCAUACGGGGCGAUAGGCCUUCCCGUGGUGCAGCUUGGCCGUUACGCCUUACUCCAAAAAUCAGCGAAGGGGAUCCGCUCUGGUUGGCAUUGCACAAAGAAGCAUUCAGCUGUAUUAUCCUUCAUGAGUCUGUACCCUAUGGGUUAGUGGUAUGGGGUAAAGAUAAUGUCAAAGAAAGGAUAGGUCUCAUCGGUCUACAUGGCCACGGCUUCCGAGUUGAGAAGAGCGAAGAUGUAGAGCAAUACAUCGUGAGCCCCAAAUUGCACAAAAUCCCGUGGUCCCUUCGAAAGCAUUUCCCCGAAGAGAGGCGUGAGAUCUUGCUGAGUUGAACGGAGAAGAUGGGUUUGGGAUACACCAAAUCGACAUUCGAUAUAACUUGUUCGAUGCACAGGAUGAGGUCAAACCGGAAAAAAGUUUGCGCACGAAUGAGUCCAUGCAAAUAAGGAUGUACCACUACAAAUAAGGACGUACCACUACAAAUAUAUGACUGCUCAGCUUCUUGACC